AGUGUUUAGAUGUGAAAUAAUUUGUCAGUGUUUGAUGAUAAAAAUGCCUAAAAAGAGUAUAUUAAUUUUAUUCAUAAUAUUAAAUUUAUUUAAGUUCGGAAGUGGAUUUAAUGUGAAUUUUUAUUAUAAAAAUGAUUUAAAAGAGGAGCCCUUUAACUCAAAUUUACACAAGAGAGAAUUAAAGAAAUUCUUGUUGCCAAUGGAUGAAGAUCCUCCAACAUGGACUGGAUUUAAGAAGGUGUCUACCAUACCAAUCCCCUUUCCCUUGGAUACAUGUAUAAUCCACACGGAUUCUGAGGAAAAAUAUAUUGCAGCACUACAUCGAAAUGAGAGAGGAUCGAGGCAGUUUACUGUGAUGAAAAUGUUGAACGAAUCAUAUGACCAAAUAGCCAGUACACCUCAACCUAAUGCAGUGUCAAUGGAUUGUGCUGAAUUCAAUGGUAAAGGUUAUGUUUCAAUUGUCCAGAAGAACAAAACAUCAAGUGUGCCAGGAACUGAAGAUAACUCGAUUAUAUAUGAAAUAACGGCUCAGCAUAUAAAGCCCAUUCAGAAUUUAUCAACACCAGAUUUAAGAAAAUCCGUACUUCACGUUGGCGAUAAUGGAUUUUAUCUUUUUCAUAUUACCAAUAAUGUAGAGACCUCCUGCCCCUAUUUCAAAUGGUCGGAGAAUAUGAAAUUCAAGAUCCAAGGCAAUACAUUUUGCCCUUACUAUACUCAAAACAUGAGACUAUUUACCAUAAACGAAGAGACCUACAUUGCACUAGCUGUCUAUGGCAAUCAAAAAAUUUUAAAAUUUUCCCAAACCUCUCAAAAAUUUGAAUUAUUUCAAGAAAUUCAAACACCUUCGUCAAUGGAUGUGGAGUAUUUUGAGACGCAGGAAGAGACAGAAGAUGCAAAGCAUUUUUUGAUUUUUGCCUCCAGUGGCAGGGAUAACUCAGGGGUGUAUGUUUUCAAUGAUCUUGAUCAAUUUAUACCCUUUCAGCAAUUGCCUAUAAGUAGGGUUAAGAAAAUCAAAGUGGUUCAGCUCCCAAAAUCAUUGUUUCUCUUGGCAUCCUACGGUGAAGAUGAUAUUCGGCUGUUUCAUUUUGAUCGUGGAAUGUUCCAUGAGUCAUCGAUGCACUUUACAGGCCAUAACUUUUAUGUACAUCAGGAGGAUGAACAUCCAUGUUUGUUAAUAAGCCACCGAUAUCGAAUUGAAGAUACAAUGGUAGUUUAUAAACCUGAAUUUAGAAAUAACCCAAAAAUUCAUAAAUUGAAACAGGACAUCAUGGAUUGGCUUGAAAGCGAAUCGAAGCGAGUUCAAACCAAUGAUAUUGAGGAAUUGACCAUCCAGGUUCAGAACAAACGUGGAAUAUUGGAAUCCUACGGAGCAAAACUGAAAAGAGACAUUAGCGCUGCCAAAAUCGACACGGUCUCUACAAAAAUGCUGGUAUACCCCAAUAGGAAAAUGUCCACCAACUAUUGGAAACCCCUAUCCUAUAUAAAUCAGGCUUUGGAUAUAUUGGAAAGAGAUAUUCUACAAAAACCACACGCAAAACGUCAUAGCAACAAUAAAGAUCAGGGACAAGAUCAAGCCGAUGAUUUGGAAUAUGAUACCUUAAACAUCAAGGAAUUGACUCUCAACAAUAGGCUGCAAGCAAAGAAGAUCAACCAAAUAGAUAUUGAAAAUCCAGAGUUCAAAGAAAUCCAUGCAAAGAAAAUAACCAUCUAUGAAAGCUUCAUGAAACCCCCCAUUGCGGAAGAGAGAUUUUCUGACGUUAGUUAUUUGGAAGACAAUGAGAUACUUAUGAUUAGAAAUCUUAAUAUUAAUGGCAAAUUGAAUGAAUAUACAUGGAAUGAUUUAUUAAAUGAUACCCUAAAACGUAUGCCAGAAGAGGAGGAACAAAUAAUUAAUGCAGCCAAUGUUAAAAUAAAAAAUUUAGAAACCCCUCGCAUUGUUGUCACGGGGAAUGUGGUAAAUCAACAACAUUUAAGUAGCCUAAUUCCCAUCGAUGGCGGGGAAUACACCAUCAAUCAGGACAUACAAUUUUCCCAACCGAUUCGUGCCAAGGCCGUUCAAAUCAAUGAGCGCCUGAAUAAUGUACGAGUUUUGCAAGGUAAACUGGAUGUUUUGCUGCGCAGAUCGAAUGAAACCCAAGUUAUUGAGGGUCCAAAAAGUAUGCGUAAUGUUAAAGUUAUGGAACCCAUAACAAUUGCGGGUCAAAUGUUGGGUAGACAUCUAGAAUCCAUAACACCCAAUAAGGCCAUCCACGAACCCUUGCAACUGCAGGGUGAUUUUAUGAUAAAUGGCGAUGUUGAUAUCAAUCGUUUGCUCAAAACAGGGGACAUUAUCGAUUUGCGUGAAAAGAUGUCCGUAAGGCAAACUCUGGAUCGAGGCAUUCGAAUGAAUAAGACUUUGGAAGAUAUUAAACUGAAAUUUCUGCAACCCAUUGUGGCGAAUAAUACGCUGGUGAGUUUUGUAAAUCGUAAUGAUUUACAACGGCUCGUCAAACUCAAUCAAGAUGAAAUACAAAUAAUAGAAGGUGCCAAACAAUUUGCCGGCUCAUUGGAAAUUAGCCGUGGCUUUAGUGAAUUUAAAAAUCUCAAUGGCAUUGAUAUGGAAAAAUUGGAGAAGAAUUCAUUUCUACGAAAUAAUAAUCAAACCAUUGGCGUGCCAAUGAAAGUUGGGAAAAUUCAAGCCAAGAGCAUCAAUAGCACUUCAAUUCUUAUCAACAACCGCAAUAUAACCGAAUACCUUACAAAAUCAACCAAUCAAACUAUUAACGGCAAUCUAAUUGUGGAUAAUCUUAAAGUGGAAACGCUGAAAGUGGACAAUCUUAAUACCAACAAUCGAAUAUUUCAACAAAACAUCGUUGAUAUAUACAGGCAAAAGUCACGUAGUGCCCCCAAUCAACAAGAGAUCUUUUCGAAACAUCAAAAAUUCCAUGGUUCGAUUUAUGUGAAAAAUUUAAUAUUAAACUCAACUAUCAAUGAACGUAAUAUACAAGAAAUCGAACGAAAUCUCUUGCAAUUGGAGGGCAAUAUAAAAUAUGUGGGCAAUUUCAAAUUUAAUUAUCCCAUGAAUGUCACGAAAUUAUCGUUCUAUGGCAAAAUUAAUGAUAUCAAAGCAGAGGAAUUAGGCAAAAGUUGGCUGCAAAAAUACGCCGCCGAACAACAGGUGUUUAUGGUGCCACAGACUUUUGGUACGGUGACAGCGGAAAAUGGUUUGCACAUUGGGGGGAAGUUGAAUGGUUUCUCGAUCAAUGAUCUCUAUACGAAAACGUAUUGGAUUAAUCGGGAUGAAUUUCUAAAUGAAAUGAUGUUUGAAAAUCCCAUUGAAAUGUCAUCUGGUUUAACCACACAAACUCUUAAUCAUUAUUAUGUUCCUGAAGAAUUUUUAUGCCGUAAUGAAGUACAAAGGGUACUACAUCCUCUCAUCAUUGAAGGAGAUCUGGAAGUGAUAGGAGAUCCCUUAAAUCUAACAAUCAUUAAAGGCAUUCACGUCCAGGCAUUACAUAAAUUUCUCCAAGAGGAUUAUACACAACAAUUGAUUGUAGAGAACGCCUAUUUAAAACAUGGACCACCUAUUUAUAAAACUCUAAAUUAUCAGAAUAUACCAACAAUUUUGGAUAACGUAUGGCUAGCCAAUGAAAAUGUGGUCUUACAGGAAAAUGUUGAAAUCGAUGAUGCCUAUUUUGAGGGCCUAUUGGAAUUUGAGGGUCCCAUGAACAACAUGGACUUGUCGUAUAUUAGUGAGAAUUACUUUAGUAAAACAAAGCCGCAACAGGUUGUCAGUCAAGUUGUUUUUGCGGAAACUGUAACUUUUGCCGAAGAUAUCCAAGCCGAUGAUAUUCAGCUAUUUGGACCCAUAAUCGAGAAAGAAAGUGGAACACAAUUGGACUUUAUGAAAUUUGUCGAAAAUACCUUAAAAUCAAACUAUGAUCAUCCUCCUCCAACCAUUACCGGGAAUUGGUCUAUUCUUGAAGCAGUUAUUGAUGGAAACCUCAAUCAAGUGUUAAUAAAUAAUUUAAAUUUAGUAGAUGAUGUCGUUCAUAAUGUCAACAACGAUGCGCCCUAUGUAAUUAGAGCUCCGAAAAUGAUGUUGAAAGGUGCCACCAUAGAUAAUCUGAUGGCCGAUCACACAAGUGUGCUUAAUAAAAUUCCACUUGGCAAGUGGAUCAAUGAUGCUGUUUAUCUUUAUGAAAAUUAUACGAUACAUGGCACCACAACAAUAUCAUCACUGAAUGUCUUUAAUGACAUACAAGUUAUAGGGACACUUAACAAUGUAACGUUUCAUGAAGAUCAUCUCUUUUUACAAGAUCGCAAACAAAUCUUACCGAAAAAUUUACGCAUAACCAGUCAUCUCAAAGAUGAGAAACGUUUCUUAACGAAUAAUAUUGAUAAUUUAUAUGUUGAUUUUAUUAAUUCCGAAUAUAUGCCGAAAUUAAUGGACAGUUUAAUUCCAUGGGCAUCGAAUACGGAAAUUUCAAGCCAUGUGGUGUUCAAGGAAACCGUAAAUGUGGAUAACUACUAUGGUCCCGACAAUUCUAUGCACAACACACGCUGGCAAAGAUCCCUAGAUGACAUCACCACAGAAUCCAGUGUGGAUGCUGAUUCGAAAAUAGAUCUAGAGAAUUUCAAAAGUUUACAGGGUUUUGAACGGUAUUUGCUCAAUAUAACAAAAGAUACGUCUUAUACCUUGGAUCAUUUUGAAAUUGCACAAACUUUCCCUACACAAUCUUCGAAAGUAAUGCAUUUCUAUUUUAAUGAUUCAUCGGAAGUGGUAGAUAUCUUGGCAUUAUUGGAUAACAGAACACACAAUAUAAAUUUUUAUGUAUGGCAGCCAGAUUCUAAGAAAUUCAUUCAAACUCGUGAUUUUGGAUGGCUACCACAGAAUCCAGUUCUGCUGAACAUUAUUCAAAAAAUGACCAAUCAUGUCAAUUUGCCUCUGGAAUUGACAAAAAUAAAAGAAUUUGUGUCCAAUAUUAAAACCAAUGUUGCGCAUACACAUCUGAAGAUAGAAUUCUGGAAUGAGACAUGCCUAUUUAUGUAUCCAAAGGCUCAAAGUUCUGCAAUGUUUAAAAUAAAUUGUGUGGAUUUAAAUGAGAGUAUGAUGAGUUCGGAGAUCAUGGGAAAAACAUCUAAUAAUAUAAGACAAAUAAUAAAUAUUGGCUACAAUUCCAUAGCGCUAAUCACAAAUAAUUCUCUGGAGAUUUGGAACAUGGAAUCGGAAAAGAUGAGAUUAACUCAGAAAUUGUUGAUAAAUCAUCCCAAACAAUUGGCAACGGGAUAUUUCCAAGACAAACGUUUUUUGGCAGUUGUGGCCCAUGCCACACCAACAUCGUUGAAUAAUGGUUUUAUAGAAAUUUAUAGAUCCAUUAAGGGUGGCGCUUUUAAAUUAUGGCAAACUUUAUCAUGUCCCCAUGCCAUCAAAAUCGAAUAUUCUCAUGUUAGUGCUAGUCACGAUUUCCUCUUGUACGCCAUCACAGAUUCAUUGGAGAAAUCUUUAAUUAUCUAUCAAUAUCAGGGUAAUAUUUUGGGUUUUCAAGAAAUCUUAGCUGAUACGAUUUUGCCCAAACACAUUAAAGAUAUUAGUCCACUUAAUUUGAAAUCUGUACAGGAAUAUAUGAUUGCUAUUGGUUAUAUUGAUAAAAUAAUUGUUGUUAAAACAGUUUUAAGUAAAAUGUAAUAUAUUGUAAUUUAUUUAAUUAUUAUAAAUUUGUAAAUAUACUGAACUGUACAUAUUUAUUCGAAAUAUAUUCUUGUUUGUGAGUAAGAGAAGCAAUUAGAUUUUCUAUAAUUUUCAGGCGCAUUACCCAAUAUAUUUAAAAAUUUGUUUUGUUUAUCAUCUCUAAACCUUGGAGUUAAAAUGUCCUUAAACAUGUUUGAGCUCAUUGAUCCCCAUAUUUACCAAGAUAAUCAGCAAAGAUAUGUCCUAUAUUACGUUAAGUGAUUAAUAAAUGCCGCCUUAAAAACUUAGACCAGGCUAAUUUCAUUUUCAGACUCCAGUUGCCGUGUCAGUCUUUAUGAA